AUGAUUGGCGGCUCCGGUAUCGGCGGCGUCGGCGGCGGCGGUAAUGACUACCUAACCGAUUCUGGCCUACAUAUGGCACCGUCGAUGUCUAUGCCGUCGAUGUCGAUGGCCAUGCCGUCGAUGGACGGCUUGAAAUCAUCGCUAUCGUCAAUGAUGUCCGGCCUAUCAUCGAUGUCGAUCAGUAUGUCGUUGCCAUCCCUGGGCUCAUUGGGCUCCAAGUUUGGCGGUAUGGGCGGUAUGGGUGGCGUCGGCGGUAUGUCUAUGAUGAAGAUGAAGCCCUGCUGUAAAAAAGGCAAAGGAGGCGGUGGCGGUUAUGGUGGCGGAGGUGGUGGUGGUGGCUAUGGUGGUGGUGGCGGUGGUAAAGGAGGCGCCGGCGGUGGUGGUGGUGGUUAUGGAGGAGGAGGAGGUGGUGGAGGAUAUGGAGGAGGAGGCGGUGGCGGCGGAAAAUCUGGCGGUGGUUAUGGAGGAGGCAGUGGUGGAGGAUAUGGUGGUUCAGGCGGUGGUGGAGGAGGAGGAAGCUAUGGUGGCUCAGGAGGCGGAGGAGGAUAUGGUGGUUCCGGUGGAGGCGAUAGUGGUUACGGAGGCUCAGGAGGCGGCGGCGCCAGUGGUGGUGGUUAUGGCGGCGCUUCUGGAGGAGGAGGAGGAGGAGGUUAUGGCGGCGGCAAUAGCGGAGGCUAUGGUGGCUCAGGAGGAGGAGGUGGAGGAGGAGACGGUGGUUACGGUGGCUCAGGAGGCGGUGGAGGAGACGGUGGUUAUGGUGGCUCAGGAGGAGGCGGAGGUGGUAGUGAUGGCUAUGGGGGUGGAAAUAGUGGCGGCGGCUAUGGAGGAGGAGGAGGCGGCGGAGGAGGUAGCGGAGGAGGAGGCGGUGAUUAUGGUGGACAAGGAGGAAGCGGUGGCGGAGGAUAUGGUGGUCAAAGUGGUGGUGGAGGAGGAGGCGGUGAUUAUGGAGGACAGGGAGGCGGAGUAGAUGGUGGCUAUGGAGGAGGACAGGGAGGUGGCGGUGGUGGUGACAAUUAUAACGGCGGCGGUGGUAAUGAUGGAGGAUAUGGUGGUGGACAUGGAGGUGGUGGCGGUGGCGGCGACUACGGUGGCAAUGGAGGCUCCGGUGGCGGCGGCAGCUAUGCCGGGGGUAGUAGUGAUAACAGCUAUAGCAGCAGUAAUGAAAACGGUAUCGCAGGCAUAUCCAUGACAAAAAUACAUGAGCUGGUCCAGGAGGCACUGUCAGCGGCACAACAUUAUCGGCAAAACGGCAAAAAUGGUGACAAUACCGGUGCUGCUGCUGGUGGUGGUGGCGGUAGUGGUGGCGGUGGCUAUGAUAACAAUGUUAGCUGGGAUGACGAUAAAGCUAACGGUGCUGACGCUGGCUAUAAUAAUGGUGGUGCGGGAGGAGGUCCUCAAAAGGGCGGGUAUGGCGAUGCCGGUGCUGGCGCUGGCGGUCCCGCCAACGAUGACAAGUAUAACGCCAUCAAUAAUAACGAAGUAGGUGUGGGCGGCGGUGGAGUCAAUGGUCCCAACAAUAAUAACUAUAAUACCAAUAAUAAUAAUGGCGAAAAACCUGGCGGUGGUUAUGGAGCUCCCGGUGUUCCCGGUGCUGGUAAUAAUGGUUACGCAGCCGCUGCCGGCGGCGGCGGUGGUGGCGGUGGUGGCGGUAAUGCUGGUCAUCAACGAAACGGCGGCAACAAUGACGUGGCCUACGAUCGCGACUACAAAAACGGUAGCCGUGGUCUGACCCGACUGUUCGAUAAGGGAUACUUUGGCCACUUGGGCCGUAAAGCCAGUGCCAAUGGUGGUCGCUAUUAG